GGAGGGAGAUAUUUUCCAUAAAGCCUUUUUUCUCUCUUUCUUUCUGCCCUUGAGCAUCCCGGGUAAACCCGAGCUUGUAAAGUGGGAAGAGGAGGAGGAGAGGGGCCAAAAAGGGCGGGCACAAAAGCCUUUCCUCAAACUCAAUAUUUUAUACUUUUGAUACUCCUUGACGCUGGAUUUCAGUCCUCUUCCCCAGCCGAUUCCAGAUCUAGGACACGGAUCUACCGUGCGCAGCCAUCCACGGUGAGAUAAAAAGUAUCCAGCAGACGGCAAAAACAAACAGCGAGCCGGGCAGGCUGAGAGAAGGGAGUACAGAGAGGAGGACCGCGGCGGAGUACAGUGGAUGGUCGAGGGGGGAACCUUUUUUCUUUUUUUUUGGUUUGUUUGUUUAAUUUGCCAAAGAAGGAGGGACGUGCACGCAAAGUCCUGACCAGCCUGACGGAUGCAUGUCAGAAGACAACUGGAAGAGCUCGGACAGUCGAAAAUGUCCAAUGGAUAUACCUGAAGCAGCAACUUCUCCAUCCUCCCCAACUUGUUCCACUGUGUCCCUGCAGGACUUCUGAGAUAUGGAUCCGCGUUAACAUCUCCCACCCAACUCCCUGCACCACUAUGGUUAAAGUGUAUACCGAGAUUCAUCUCUGUAACAUUAUCCGGCUCUCCACCCACCGCCCAUCUUCCUCAGGAAACCAGCCGUCAAAACAACUAAGUGUCCCUCUCUCGGUUCUCUGGGGGCCGUCACUAUUUGUCCAGCGACACUGAGAGAAAGCUCCUUGCAUUUGGUGGGGGGUAGGAUUUAUGAACCCGGAGGCGAGUUGUGUCAUUUCCCCCGCACUUCUCCAUUCAUAGAGCAGCAGUAUGGUGGUAGGGAUGUCCACUAUUUCUUUAUGAUCACCGCUCCAUGCGCGUCACCUCUCUUCUGAGCUCCGUGGCCCCCUCACCCCGUGCCGGACCCCGCUCCAAACACCCUCCCUCCAGCCUGCCAUGCUCCUCCAGGCCGUGUUGCUGCUGCUGCUGCGCUGCCUGGCCUCCACCCUGGGCCAGUACGAACUGUGCAAGUCCCUGGUGAGCACGGACGAGGGCUCAGUGUGGGAGCAUUACGCGUGCCAGCCAAAAGCCGCGUCCAUGAAAGAUCACAUGCGGAUCAAGGUGGAUCCGCCCGGAAUUACAUGUGGAAAUCCGCCUGAGAGGUUCUGCACGCUGGAGAAUCCAUACCUGUGCAGUGACGAGUGUGAUGCCUCUAAUCCAGACUUGGCCCACCCUCCUCAGCUGAUGCAGGACCGCGAACGCAACGGCCUAAUCACCUACUGGCAGACAGUCACCUGGAGACGUCACCCAGAGCCCCUGCUGGCCAACAUCAGCAUGUCCUGGAACAAGAGUCUGGAGCUCACAGAUGACAUCCAGAUCACCUUUGAAUAUGGCCGUCCUACUAUCAUGGUGAUGGAUAAGUCCAUGGACCACGGACGCUCCUGGCAGCCCUACCAGUUCUAUGCUGACGACUGCUUGGAUGCCUUCAACAUGCCACCCAAACGUGUGCGUGACCUUUCACCCGCCAACAUCACACGGGUCAUCUGCACUGAGCAGUACUCACGCUGGGUAGGCUCCAAAAACGAAAAGAAUGUGAAGUUUGAGGUGCAGGCACGCUUUGCUGUGUUUGCCGGGCCUCGGCUAAAGAACAUGGACAACCUGUACACCCGCAUGGAAAGUAUGAAGGGAUUGAGGGACUUCUUCACCUUCACCAACCUUAGGCUGAGGCUGCUCAGGCCUGCCCUCGGAGGCACCUACGUCCAGAGAGACAACCUGCUCAAGUACUUCUAUGCCAUCUCCAACAUCGAUGUACCUGCCAGGUGUAAGUGCAACCUCCAUGCCUCCCAGUGCCUGCCGAUUGAAGGGAACCUCCAGUGCCAGUGUGAACACAACACCACCGGCCCGGACUGCCAGCGCUGCAAGAAAGGCUUCAAAGCCAAGUCCUGGAAAGCAGGUUCCUACCUGCCAGCACCAAACGGAACCCCCAACACCUGUACAAUUGCUGGCUCCCCCUCCGGUUCUAACUGUGAGUGCUACGGCCACUCCAACCGCUGCAGCUACAUCGACUACCUGAACAUCGUCACAUGCGUCAGCUGCAAGCACAACACCAGGGGCCAGAACUGCCAACACUGCAGACUCGGAUACUUCCGCAACGCCUCUGCCGAACUGGAUGAUGAGAGCGUCUGCAUCGAGUGCAACUGCAACCAGAUGGGCUCUGUUCAUGACCGGUGUAAUGGCACAGGCUUUUGUCAGUGCAAAGACGGUGCCACAGGGGCCAAAUGUGAUGACUGUCUGCCAGGAUACUACUGGAAACAAGGCUGUUACUCGAACGUUUGCGACGAGGAGAUGCUCCUUUGCCAGAACGGAGGAACGUGCUACCAGAACCAGAAGUGCAUCUGUCCUCCAGAGUUCAAGGGAGUACUGUGCCAACACUCACGCUGCGAGGCGGGCAAGGACUGCAACAGCGCUUCUUUGCCGCAACUUUCCACGGCCACCCUGCUGCUCUGCACUCUGCUAACCUACCUACAGGCCACGUUAACACCCCACUGAGCUACGAUAAACCCCUCAGACCAAGGAGUGCGUGUACAUGUAUGUCUACGUGAGGCAAAGGGUGACCCAGAGCGGGGAGGGCCGUCGCAGUCAUGGACCUGGCAAAUGCACACUGCAGCACUAUUAAAAGCGCACACACCCACAGAACACUACCUAACCCCAUUCCCCUUUCAAACACAUAUACACACACCUCACAGGACUGUUGUGAUUGUGAGUGUGUGCUCAGGUGCAAGAAGGACAAACAGAGAAAAAAAGGGGAGCAGCCUCAGAGAAAAGAGAUGCAGUCAAAAGGGGGAAAAAAUAAUCAUACCAACCACUGUUCCCUUUAUUCCUGAGCUGGAGCAAUGUGCAUCAAACCAAAAAAGCAUAAACACUUAAAUCACCACUGUUUCACUUCAAAGGGAAUGGCUGUUUUAACCACAAGGACUUUUUCUUUUCUCUUAUUUUUUUCUUGGUUGAGUUGAGGAUCUCACCUCCAUUAGACUGAUGUCCAACAUGUUUGUGGUCGGACUCCACGCGAGGACAAGACAUGUGGACAUGACGGAUGGGUCGGGAGGAGAGAUGCUCAUUUGAUCCUGCUGCUGAGGCCUACAUAGUAUAUUAACCAGGUUUCAUUUCUUCUCAAAAGAUGAGACUUGAUUUUACAUUUAUUCUAUUUCUGCUGCAUUUUUUUAAAAUUAUAUCUUCAGUCAUUGUAUCUAAUGUGCCCACUAGCAGUCGCUGAGAUUAUACAUAUUAUAUAAUAUCCAGGGGGUUAUGAAUUAUUAAAAAAAAUAGUCACUAUUAUGGUUGUUAUAGGAAUGAGUGAUUGUUGCCACACUUAGCGAGAUUUAAUCUUCACACAGUAUUCAGGAAGCAGAAUUUAACAGAAUCUAACUAAUCAAAAGUCUAAAAAGAGAGAAAAGAUAUGAACCACGUAUCGAUAUUAUGACAUUAUUUGAAUAUUUUUUGUAGAAAUUAUUUUUGUUUGAAGUUACAAUAAAUUAUAAAAAAUGACAUUUACAACUAUUCCAAAUGAGCAUUUUAUUACACUGAGUGUAAACCCUGCAGUAAAUAUGACUGUUAUUUGCCUUCA